CUGGAGGGGUCGGACGACGUGGAGGAGGAAGAGGACGAGGAGGAAGAGGAGGAGGUGGAGGAGGUCGCGGAGAACACCAGGGCUGGGCAUGGGGCUGCGGUCGCGGUCGCUGGAGCAGGGAAGAGUAUUCGCCGUCUCACUGCUGCGUUGUCCCCUCGUCCUGGAAGCGCGGCCCCUUCGUGCGAGGGUGCGGGCAAGAGCCCGGUCGCGGGGAAACGGAAAUACGACGAGCUGGUGAAGAUUGAUCCCGGUAAGCUGGCCGCGGAAAUUCUCCGCCUGGACGAGCAUGUGCGGACACAGAAGCGCCGACUCGCCAAGCUUGAGGAAGCCGUGUCCGCGAAGCCUGGUCAGGAAGCAGCGACGGUGAUCACGCAGAGUUACGAUGAUCUCGUGGGCACUGUGGAGAAGGUGCUACUUCAUAUGCAGAACGCGGAAUGGGUGAUACUCAAGGAAGCCAAGGCGGCCGCGAAGGACAUGGCCGAGAAUCGCGACCUGCGGGACGUGCUGAAACGUACUGCGGCUCGCUUGGAAGAUGGCGCGGCUAACCUGAAGGCAGUUGUCGUGGACUCCAUGGAAUCCGCACAGAAGAAGUUGACGGACGAGGUCGCGCGAAAGAUAGACGGCGCGUCGUCCAACAUUGUGGCCACCCCUGAACGCGCGAUCACAACAAGCGGCAUGACCAACGCUCUCAACACCGUCAUCGCCAUGCUUUCCGGUCUGCGCCAGGGGACGGAUGGGCUGGAGGAGAAGGUGUCGGACGGGGUCGCGGAAGUGGAGACAGGGAAGAGGGUAGCGGACAAGGAGACAGGGAAGAGAGCCGCGGAGAAGGAGACGGGGAAGGCUGAAAGCAGCAGGGGAGGAAAGAGGCAGAAAGGUCCCGCGGUUCCCAGUGUCGCGGAGAUCUUGAAGAGCCAGGGGGGCACCGUCGAUCUGCGUUCAGGGACGGUCCAGAGGGGAACCACCAGGGGGGAUGCUGCUGCGAGACCACCUUCUUCUCCCGCGGCAGUGGUAGCUGGUAAGGGCAAGGCCAAGGUCGAGGAAGCCCCGCUGGCAAACACCACCACCGCGACCACCACCACCGCGCUCGUGCCCGCGGCAAGUACCCCCGCCGCGAUCGCUACUGGACAGCCUGGACCCAGCUCCACCUCCCCUGCAACCCCCCCCGCUGCAGAUGUGGCACUCAAGGCGAAGAGUCAGGGUCGCGGUGGUUGUAAGCCUCCUCCAGCCGCGCUCAAACUGGACGACGACGACGACGACUCGGACGCGGAUGAUGAUGUUGAGCUGGUGCUGCAAAGGUUCAGUGUGCACUGCGAGACCGGCGGAACUAGCGGCAAGAGGAAGGGCUGUGGUAUCCGCCCUCCGCCCAGGGGUGGAGAGGGGAUGGUCGGCAAACCGUGGCUUGGGGGGAUACGUCGCUGGCUGGGUCAUCACUCACUCCAAGAGGUGCAGUACCUGACCGCUAUCGCAGUGAUGUGUUACGACAAGAGGGUUGACCACGGUCUCAAGCUGCCAGCGCAGCAGUUAAGGAAUUGGGCCGAGGACAUCUCCGCGGCCGAUGAGAUGAGCACCGGGCUUUUCGCGACCAUGCAUCUCCGAAACCUUUGCGGCAACGUUGACAGGUACCGUCACAUGUUCAAGGCAUACCGCGACCUCACCCGCCCCACAACCAGUCUCGGCAACGCGGUCGCAUGGGCAGCUGUGGUGGGGAGGGAGGCGGCAGACGAAGAGCCUGAUGUCGCCGGGGCACAGGAGGGUCUGUUUGCCGGUGCGGUCGCGUGCGCGAUCGCGAUGGUGUGGGAGACCUGCAACGGUCUUGAUCUGGACGGAAUCGUGAAUGCUGGAUACGUGGCGGCGCAGUCUGCAGGCGCCCCCGAAGAGAAGGCCCGCGAUUUCGUCGCUAUUGUGACCGCGGUCUUCAAGAGGGCCAGGAAGGAGAAUGCACGCGCGCACACCACCGAGGUAACGCCGAAGCAGGUCGCGGAGGCUAUCGAGUCUGCGGUCGUGAACCGCCUUGGAGCGCGCCUUGGGGACCCCACUCUGGUUGCUAUGGUCGCGCACGAGGCAGUAGACGUGCUGAUGACCUAG